CGGAGGAGCGCGCAGGCGGCGGCUGGCAGCCCCGGCCGGGCGGCACGGCGGGCUCGGGGGCGCGCAGCCCCGCGGAGCGCUGCGGAGCGGAGCGGGCUCCGGCCGCCCCCCGCUGGGGCAGCCGGCGCGGCGGUUUUGGAGGCUUGCUUGCCGGUCGCCACGUGCUGACGCCAUGGCGCUGAGGCUCCCAGGAACGGGGUCACUCUCUCUCAUUAGCCUUGGAGUCCUAGUCCUGGUUUUGGCUCUCCCUGCUGAUGCUGGGCUUUCUCAGAAGCAUGUUUCAGAUGUCGUCGAUGACAGCAAAGAUAACAUCACCAUUUUCACCCGCAUCCUGGACAGGCUGUUGGAUGGAUACGACAACCGCCUGAGGCCCGGACUUGGAGACAGCGUAACUGAAGUCAAGACCGACAUUUACGUGACAAGUUUUGGCCCUGUCUCGGACACAGAUAUGGAAUACACUAUUGAUGUCUUUUUCCGGCAAUCCUGGAGAGAUGAAAGGCUGAAAUUUGACGGUCCCAUGAAAAUACUUCCCCUGAACAACCUGCUGGCCAGUAAGAUCUGGACUCCUGAUACCUUCUUCCACAACGGGAAGAAAUCUGUUGCCCAUAACAUGACAACACCCAACAAGCUGCUGCGCCUGGUGGACAAUGGCACCCUCCUGUACACUAUGAGGCUAACGAUUCAUGCAGAGUGCCCCAUGCACCUGGAGGACUUCCCAAUGGAUGUGCAUGCUUGCCCGCUGAAAUUUGGGAGCUAUGCCUACACAAAGACGGAGGUGAUCUACACCUGGACACUGGGGAAGGAUAAAUCAGUGGAAGUAGCGAAGGGUGGAUCUCGCCUGAACCAGUAUGACCUGCUGGGCCAUGUUGUUGGGACAGAGAUGGUUCGAUCCAGCACAGGGGAGUACGUCGUCAUGACCACACACUUCCACCUCAAGCGGAAGAUUGGGUACUUUGUGAUCCAGACCUACCUACCUUGCAUUAUGACGGUCAUCCUGUCCCAGGUCUCCUUCUGGCUUAACAGGGAGUCCGUUCCUGCCCGAACAGUUUUUGGUGUCACCACCGUCCUCACCAUGACCACACUAAGCAUCAGCGCAAGAAACUCGUUACCUAAAGUGGCGUACGCGACGGCCAUGGACUGGUUCAUAGCCGUCUGUUACGCCUUUGUGUUUUCUGCGCUGAUCGAAUUUGCCACUGUCAACUACUUCACCAAGCGCAGCUGGGCUUGGGAUGGCAAGAAGGUGCUGGAAGCCCAAGAGAUGAAGAAAAAAGAGCCAGUGGCACUAGCGAAGAAAACCAACAACACCUACAACAUUGUUGGCACCACAUAUGCCCUCAACAUUACCAAGGACCCUGGCCUGCCCACCAUCUCCAAGAGUGCUGCUGCCACUGCUACUGCCACCAACGUACCCCCCAAGAUGCCCCGCAUAGAGGAGAAGCUCCCAGAGAGUAAGAAGACAUACAACAGCGUCAGCAAGGUAGACAAGAUGUCCCGCAUCGUCUUUCCAGUCCUCUUUGCCAUUUUCAACUUAGUCUACUGGGCCACAUACGUAAACAGGGAGUCAGCUAUCAAGGGAAUGAUCCCCAAACAAUAAAACCGGUCACACAAACCUUCCAUCAGUGAGCACCAUCCAGGCAGGAAUUCUCCAGGGCUUUCUUCUUUCCUGUUUUGUUUAAUUAUUAUUGUUCAUUUGAUAUUAUUAUUAUUAGAUCGUUCUUUUAUAAUGUAAACAAAACUGUGAUUUUAAUUUAAUCCCGUAUACUUUAGUUUCAUUUUACUUUGUCUCUGAUGACGAAAGGAAAAAAAAAAAAGGAUCAUAACAAGUUGUGCCUCUAACAUUGUGAGUCUGAUGUCCCCCAUCUGUCCAAGUCACCCUGUGCUUCCAUUUCUCCUCCUCUACCUCCUGCCGUUCCCAUGGUCUGCAUGCCACUGCCAUUCCACGCUCCACUCUGCUGGGGGCUGCUGCUGCAGUCCACCGCCCUCCUCCUCUUCUGCGAUGGACUGCCCUAGCAUGGUGGAUGCUCCUGGUGGCCUGGGCUCAAGGAUCUGGAGGCCGCCAGAGUCAGUCUGUCAGCUGGGCUGCUCUUCAGUGCCUGGCACUUCGUGCUAGGUGGUAGUCCCCAGGCUGUGGAUGCAGGUGAGCUGGUCCACUGAGGGAGCAGUGCAGUGUGGGCCAGCUUGUAGCCCAAUGCCUGCUGGGGGCAAACCCACCAUUGCUGUGGUCCAUGGAGCCAUUGCAGUGGUGGAACAGGGUGACAGCAUCUUGUAGGUAUGUACAGGGCUUCUUCCUUUCUGUCUUCACCAAACCCAGCUGCUGGUUUCCUCCAUGCCUCUCCCCAGACAAGAACUGGUGAGAAGGGUCUUGUCUGUCUGCCAUCCUGCACUCCUGGGGCAAUUCAUGUUAGAUGGUGGGGUGGCUCCUACCAGAGAAAUAAUUUUUUCCAGGGUCAGUCAGGAAGUGAAGACAGGAGCUUUAUAAUGCCUUGGAGGAGAUAGUAGCUGUGAGGCUGCACGCAUUCAGCAUCAGGACUGGAAGCCGUAGAGUUUGUGUCCAGAUGGGUGGUUUAUCACUUUCUCUUGGCCCAAUCCACUUAUCCUUCUUGGCAUCUCCUCUCUGUCCCCGCCCCUUCUUCCAGCUCCCCAUUCAUCUUCCUUUGGCUACUCAGCAGCCCUCUGUAGUAUCUCACUGCUCGCGGGUGGAUUUAGGCAAAGAAGCCCCUACCUCUCAGGUUAUCCACACUGACAGGGAGGAGCACAGCCCAGGGGAGUCCAGCUCAUGGUGCAUCCCUGCUCCGGUGCACCAGAGCAGCAGUGAUGUUGGUUCAGGCCAGCUCAGGUGCACGCUGUUUCCUGUGGGACACACUGGGGCCACCUGUGGGGGUGAGUCAGGGGACAGCCGGUCCCCAAGUACCUCCCUGCCCCUGCUGAACAGAUGCAGCUGAGCAUCCUCAGCACCAUGGGAGAACAGCAGAAGGCACUCUUCAAAACAGCAGGGUGAUACUGCUGUCCCGGAGAGCCAUGUGAGUCAGGUGCCAUCCCACAAAGCCAUUGAGAUAAGACCCAACUCUAACACCUGCAUGCUCUUCCAAGGAAGGUCCUCCAGUGCCUUGGAGAGAGGCUUUUUCUCCCUUCCUGGCCAGCACAGUCAAGGACCCAAACCAGUGGUCGUCCCCUUCCCAGCAGCAGCACAAGAUGGUGGCAUCCAGUCAUCUGUCCCCACUCCCUGGUGCCCAGACCCACGGACACACUGUCCUGCCACAAGGAAGGACAUCCUGUGCCUGGUGAGUUCUCAUCCCUAGGCUGUGGGCAGCACUGAUCCUGCCAGCAGCCCUGCUCCCAGGGUGGGAUGCACCCCCUCUUUCCUGGCCCCCCUGAGCUGCCCUCAGCACAUUUUGGGUGCAUGCAGACAGGCCGAAGCCCCAGCACCCCCAAGGUGAUGUCUUCAGUAUUGCUUUGAGCCGCUGUGCCGAGUUCAGUUUACCCCUGCCCACGCAGGAGCAGGGCUGAGCACAAGGCACAGGAUUUGCCCCACCUGGAAUAUCCAUGGGGAUGGCAGGACAGAGCAUGGAAGACCAGGGCACUUUGUCCUGCAGCGUGGGUGACACUGGUGCGUGUCCUGCCCAUCCCUAGCCAAUCUUGCUGGCUCAACAGCAGUGCUGUCGCUCCCCCUGCCUACAGCUGCGGUGAGGAGAGGAGCCCUGAGGCAUUUAGCUCAGCCCCCAGUGUGUUCAGUCCACAAGUGCGUCCACGCCAACAGCCAGCAUCAGGCAAGAGGUGGCAACCUCCCCGCCCAAGCCGAUGCUAAGGAAACCAGCUCGCUCCCCAUCCUCCCCCACAGCAUCCGCACCCCAAACUGGCCAUGACAUUUCUACAGUGCCUUUCAUCAUCGAGGGCUCCCUGCUGGGUGGUGAGGAGGGGAAAGCCCAGGAGCUCUCCCUCUUUGUGCCCAGCAUCGGGUUGUAGGAGCAGAGGGAGAGUGCACCAUCCCCAGCCCUUCUGCUGGGCAGGGGGGACAUCCCGGCUGCUUUUGCACCUGGGGCACCCGGUUCCUCCUGGCACUGGCCUCCUGCUGCUGCUGCUGCAGCCACCCCGCUCCGACAGCCUGGCCGCCCCAGCGCUGCCCUGCCGUGGCCCCGUACCCCUCGCCACUGAGGUUCCUGUGCUCCCUCCAUGCGAGCACCGUCCCCUCCAGCAGCGAGUGCCAUUGCUGCCACCCUUCUGCUCCCCGGGCUUUCCGGUGGGAAGUGCUACGCUAACCAGCCGUGAGGCUGUUUGUUUUGGAAACUACUUGGAUGUCAUUUUCUUAAAUAAGCUAGAUGAAGUGUAUCUCAUAAAACAUUCAUGUCACUAUAAUACUCAGGCCUAAGUGAAUGGAAUAGAAACCCUAUAAAAAGCAAAACAAACACAAUAAAAUGGUAACAAAGAGUAUAUUGUGUUUACUAAUGGAAUUACAUCAAAGGCAAGUUUAAAUACAGGAUCCAGUGACUUAGCUGACUUGAGCUGGCCUCGGCAUAGAGGUGGUCUCGUCUGCAAGCCUGGGCAUUCCCCAAAAUUCCCUCUACCCCGAGGGCCACGUCCUACUGCACAUUGCCUUGCUACGUGUUCCUGUGUCUGUUGAUGCCUGCUUCACAGAGCUCUCUGUAAACUGUCAGGUCUUACCAUUAGCUUCUUGGCAGCCCGAGCACCUGCAGGCUCUGCCUUUGUUGCCUGCCCAGGGCACAGUGCAGCAGGGUGAUGUCAAGGUGCUGGGGCUGGACCUCUCUGCGGUGCCAGGGACAGCAUUGGGGCAGCAUCUGAGCCUCCUGCGGGUGAUCCGACCUGUCUCGCUGAACUGUUGGGGUGAAUCUCCUGCCAGUCUCUUCCCCCAGUCCUUUCCUCCCUGCAACGCCGACACUCUUGUCCCUCCCCAGGACACAACCCACCGAUCUGGCUUGUCGGUGACACCCGUCUGCUGGCUCAUCUUUGCUCUUCCUGACUCCAAAAACUUUGCUCUCUGCCUGAUAAAAGGCUCCCUUCCUGGAUCUGUGUUAGCACGCCUUGAAAGCCAAGUCUAUUCCCACCGAAGCCUGGCACUGGCUUCAAGUCUUUUUGCCAGCUGGAAGCAGAAAUACCGGCAUCCUUUGGUUAAAGACAACAAACCAAACAGGAUUUGUAGUUUGGCUUCCAAACAGGGAAGCAUUUUGGGAAGAUAGUUAUAAAUAAGUGGUUUAACAUCUCCUGCCAGCAGACAUCACAGAGAAGAUAAUGUUCUUUUUUUUUAAAAUCUGUCAGCAGCUCAAAUUGGGACGUUUCCUUCCCAGCUAACACCAGGCUGCUGAUGGGGGCUUCAUCUAAGGGCACGCCGGGCCAGAGCUAACCUAGCAUCAGUUACUGGGGUUUACUGCUUGCUGUGAUAGUAUCUAAGGGCUCCAUUUUUAUAAUUGUUCCUGUAUAGGAAUAGAUCUGUACAUGGCCAUUGAUAAUCUAAUCCACAGUUGUGCACGGAGUGGGCACUUCAUUUUGCUGUGAACCUCAGUACUCCAAUAUUUCUUUUCUUUUGGCAAGGCCCAAAGCCUCCCUGACUUGAUGAGCAUCUCCCAGGCAGGAAUUAGAAGUCUUUGAGGGUGAUAAAAAUGAUCUGUUCAGUCUAUGCUCCCGUUUUGUAGCUUGCACCACCUGGGACACAAACAGUGCAGUCCAAGCCUGCAGUUGCAAUUCUCCUGAAAAUGUCAGACGGACAUUUUGGUGCUGGCAGCUUGCCUCUUCCCUCCUCUGAAACUGCACAUGGGCAAAAGCAGUGUGGCUUUCAGGAGCUCUGUGCCCCGGGGAGGCAGGGGACGGUUCGGCUGAGGCCCUCUGAGCGGGCAGGGGAGGCAGCACAUGGCGGCUGUAAGCGCCGUGUUAGUGCUGUGACAUUUCUGCAGGGUGACAUGAGAAGGAUGGGGGAGAAGUGGUCCCUCGGUGCCACCUGUUCUUCUAAAGGGCUGAUGGAGUUAUCCCCAUACAAUACCUCGAAGCUUCUUGAACAUCACCGAGCAGGACUGUGACACCUGAGACAGAGCUUCCCAGUUCUCCUCCAUGCACCAAGCUCAACAUAAGCAAAACUGGCUUCACCGCUCCCUAGGUUUCACAGAUAAGUGCUGUGGCCAACACAGCUCACCCCUGUCCUGAUCCUCGCCAGCUCGGUGGCACUGGCAGUGUCCUGGUUUGUUUGCUGUAGGACAUCUCCUGUGCAAGCAGACCCCAAUGCUUGCUGUUCCCAGACACAAGCCAUGCAUGCAAACAAGGUCGCGACCAGCCUGUUUCUGCAAGCCUGUCCUAUGGACACAAGGUCUAUUCAUUUCUCAUCUGCUGCCUUGAUUUCUUCUGUCCAUAUCUUGGAUUCCUUUCAGCCAUCCCUUGGGGGGAUUAAGGGCUGCAUCACGUAGCAGGAAGGGGUUUCUCUUGCUCCAGAUCACCUCACAUUGGAAGACCCUCUGUUCUGCUAAGAACCUCUCUGAGACCAUCAGAAACCUAGAGCUGUUGCCUGUCCUGGAGGGUGCUGUAGAAACAGCCUCUUUGCAGUUCUCUUUGCAGCUGCUGGAGGAACAGAGCAGUUAAACACACACUGCUGUUAAAGGAAGGAUCACGGUCAAAGGUGAGUGGCUAUUGAGGACAGGUACCGCACUCUGCCAGGGCAUGCCAUGAGCAGGAGAGGACCAGGCAGCUCCCAAUAGGUUCACCUGGGAAACGGUUUGACAGGGAUGUGCUAGUGUCCCCCCUUCCACAUGCUUGGUCCUGGGGGUGGUGGAGAGCCGUUGUGGGGCUGAACCGUCACAGCAUCAUGCCAUCCCUCGCUCCAGGCCCUCUUCCCAAAUUGUAUGCCUCUCAGGGGCCACACUUUAACCCACCUGAUCAAAUAUCUGUGUGGAUUUUGCAGACUGGAGAGAAACAACAUUUCCCUGACUCCUUGGUGGCUGUUGGGGGUGGGGAGGGCUCAGCCAGGAUGACGGGCACAUUCAUGAAAACAUAAAUGCUCUGUUAAUGUCACAGUAGGGAGAAAAAAAAACCCCAAACAAUUCACCAAUCCUCUCUCCAUAUCAAGCUAAACUACUCCUGAAGGCAUUUUUGGCAAGAUGCCACAACACGGAUGAGACUGAUGGCUUCCAGGUAUAAAUACUUACUGUUUGACCUUGUUAUUGUUCAGUCAGCCAAAGGAUUUUACAGAUAUAUAUAUAUAUAUAUGCAUAUGUGCAUGUGUAUACUUACGCUCACAACCUCUUUAUACCUAAAAGUCAAACCUCCUUCUCUUUGAAAGAGAAAAUGGCCACUUUCAAUUACUUUACUUCCCUCUCAUUCUCUUUGCUAAAUCUUCUGGAAAGAGGUGCAUCCCUCUCCGCUGGUCCUUAUAUGGCUUUGGGAGGCACAGGGAACAAAGGGAGCAAGGGAGCCCACACUGGGCUCUUGGUGCAGGCUUGCUGCCUGGACCAAGGUCACUGCUGGCAGUACUGCCCAGCUCCUUUCAGGAAAACUUAGUCCCAGAUGUCAUAACUUCUCCAACACAGCCCUUGUCCUGUCCGGGACACUAGGAUGUUCCCAGGAAGGCAAGCGUGGCUUUUCAACAGCUGAAUACCAUAAGCAAUUAGUCCUCACCCCAUAGCAACAACCAGGGAAUGUGUAGCUGAGCAUUGCAAAGGGUUGUGAGGUCUCCACCCUGAGCCUGCUUCAGGAGGGAGCACAAAACCUGGUGGGAUCCAUUCCAGCUGUCCCUGGUCAGAGAAACACCGCAGGUAGGGGCUGCACCUCAGCUUGGGCUGUUCUGCAAAGCAAAGGGAAGUAAAGUGGUGGCCCUUGGCCACUGCUUGCUGCUCAUCCAGGUGGGAUGUGCUGGUCCGUGACUAUGCGCUAAUUGUGGGAGGGGUCAGCAAAAGCAUAGGCCUUUGCUGCCGCUGUGUCCUGGACCCACACCUGAUCUCACCUCAGCACACGCAGGACCAAAGACAGAUGCUGGGCAGCCUGUGAGCAGUGGGGUCAUGGCAAGUCAGCGGUGUGCAGCCCCUAGCAUGGUGCCCAGCAUCAGCUCCCUUAAUGUCACCCCUUUGUCUGCCCCUGUCUUAGGAGAAACGUUUAGGCAGUGAUCCUGCAACUGCACUCAUAGCUCCUAUAUAUUCCCUCCUCUGCCGCUGGAGAAAGGUUCUUGCGGUCAGCGGCAAUUGCCGCCUGUGCCUUGUGGUGUCCCAGCCAUGAGAAUGAAGGAUGUCACCACACAUAAGCAAACAAAGCCUGUUCUCUUUCUGGGUGUAUGCCUGCCUCCCACCAUGGGAAUCUGUGCUGCUUUAAACAGCAGAGAGCCUUAGGCUUGGAUUAGUCCUAAUGUUUGACCUGUCAUCCUUCACCACAAGCGGGGUUAUGCUGGUUUUUGCUCAUGAAGCUCUAGGACAAAAUAUGAUGUUCUAGCUACUCUUUCCUAUUCCCCACUGUCCUGGUCCCCACCAGUGCAGAUCUCUUCUGCACACAGCUUUAACAAUCCCAUCUGCCUAGAGAGGGAAGCCUGGUCCCAGGUUUGCUACGUGAGCCAGGAUGUUCCCACAGUCUUCGAAGGCUCUUGGCUCUUCUCUGCACUGCUGCUUGAAGGUCCUGUCAACUUGAUAAGUCCAUUGGCUCAUGUUACACUGCUAGCAGCUCUGUUUCCCCUGAAAAGUCUGUCAAUUCCUCCUAUUUUUUUGCAGGGCACCCAGCAAAUGUAACGGCAAUCAUACAUUGAAUGAUUUGAUUUUUGCAACCACAAAAAGUAGGGGCAGAGUUGGGAAACCUGAGUCAUUGCCACAUUGCCUUUGCCAGGUUGUCUUUAGAGUUGAAGGGCUCUUCUCGGUUGUCAGAAGGGAGUUUCUCAGCCCACCAAAUCUAGUCAGGUGGCCACAAGUAUCCCUUCAUCAACUAGAUUUUCACUGUUGACUGACUUGGGGAUAGCCACAGGCAAAUGUCCUAUCUGAAGGUGAGGGCACCUGCUGCUUCUUUAGCUGCAGCCCUGGUGCCCAGGCUAGGGAAAGUUGCAUUAGCAUCACUCUAGGGCAGCCCAUCAUGGGAAAGAGCACACUGCAAAAAAUCGCCAGAGAAUACGCUCAUUUUCACUCCCUCAGGUUCAAUCUGUGCCCCAGUAUGUCUUCUGCUUUGUUUUCCAUCUUGUGAGACUCUUCACUAUGAGAAAGAAUCUAGCCGGCAGCAGUUUAAUGCAUGACAAUCCUGUUAUUACAGCUGUAAAUAAUUAACAACUAGAAAAAAUGCAUUUUUAAAUUUUUUUGUUGACUUUAUUUUCUCUAUUGACUAGCUGGUAUCCACUCUCUUAAGGGAUUUCUCAUGGAAACUGUGACCUUUCUUCUCUCUCUCUCUCUCUGAUUUGUGUUUCAAAUGCUUUUUGGUGCAAUGUUCAAUGCCUGUUUGUAUUUUUGAAUUGUAUUUUUCAACCUUUGCCGGAAAAAAAAUUUUGCCCAUUCUAAUUGGCAGGAUUUUGAGUCCUGCAAUUUUUUUCAGCUUUUAGCUUUUUCAAUAAGUUAAAGCAACAGAAAAAUGUCUCAAAAAAAUUACAAUGAAGUUCUGAAGAGAGAUUAGAAAACAUCAGAAACAAGAACUACAUAAAUAAGAUCAGCAAGCUGAGUGGAGGAGGAGGACUCUCUGACCACCUACUAACCUCCUGAUCUAACACACAAGGCGGGACUAGACCUCUUCACUGAAUUAAAUCACUCCGCUUUUCCACUCUACCCACUCUCUCGAACUCCAAUCAAAACAAAUAAAAAUUCAUAUUUUAAAAAAA